AUGAUUCAUAAAUCAACACCACCCAUGUUUCCUAUCUCACCAUUAACGAAAAGUGAUAAAACAAUUAAUAGAUUUCAAUAUUAUCGAAUAUCAACGAAGAAACCAAUACCUACCAAACGUAUUUCACUGACUAUCAUAACUCAUCAGUUAACUACACCAUCAAUAUCUGUAUCUCCAUCAUCAUAUAUAGAUAUUGAUGUUGCACUUGGUUUACCAAUUCGUGAUGUACCAUUAAAAUCAUUUGAUUCUCUUAAUCAAGUAUCUAUUAACUUUACUUUUCUCAUAAAAAUAUAUGUUGAAAAAAGGCCAAUACGUUGUCUAAGUAUAUUUUGUAUUCUUAUGUUUUUUAUUGGAAGUUGGUCUACACGUGCUUGUGAUUAUCAACAUGCAGCUAAUCAUAUAUCCAUGUUUGAUUCAAUGUGGUUAUUUAUUGUUACAUACACUACUGUUGGUUAUGGAGAUAUUACACCAUCAACGUACUGUGGACGCAGCAAGUGGAAUAGAUUUUGA